GAAGAAGAACAGUGUGUUUGGCAAACUGUUCACCAAAUCGAACAAGAAUCCUCCUCAGACUCACCUGGACCCCGCGCCGCCUUCACCUCCUGCUGAAGAUGAUGUCCCCACAUGGCAACAUCACGCCUCCUAUUUCCCAACCUACGAGCCUAUUCAUUCGGACCCAUUGACCAUCCCCGGUGUACCCGGUGUCAAAGCGCAUGAACGGUACUUCCCAUCGUAUACCCCCUUGCUUUCAAAAAGCGGAACGGAACUCAUGAACUCGUCAGCUUUCGCAUACGCCCUCGAUCCGGCAGUGUCUCAAGCUCAAGCUUAUUCAGCUGCGAUGGGACAUAAUGUCAUCGUGCAUUAUCCUGAUUUACCUAAAUUUGGAGAGUAUCAAGGUGGGAAAGGGAGUUGGUCAAGUGCGAGACGGGGAACGGAUGGUUGGACUGGAUAUGGCUGGGAAGGUGAAGGGACAAAACUGCCUGACAAGGAUGGAUUGACAUUCGGAGCGCCAAUGCCAAAGGGUCAGGAGUUGUCCAAGGCCGGUAGUGUUAGCGGUGGCGGAGCAGGAGCCUUGCCGUCCGGUGGGGGCGAUGGUGGAGGGAAGAGCAGAAGCAAGAGCAAGAGUAAGAGCAAGAAGAAAGACACUGAUGAGGGAGCUGACGGGGAAGGCGGUGGCGGUGGUAAUGAUGCAGAGUGAUUCACAUGCGCUAGAGGUCAAGAG